UACAGUAAGCUGAAUACAAAUACUUUUACCAGUACAAGCUUCUCUGUUGAAAUGGAUAGAAACAGAAAUUUACCAUAAUGACACGCAAACAAGGGCAUCUAUUAUUAGAGCUCCAAUGCUAUCUCUUUAAAUUUAACACUAUAAAAUUUAGACACUUCAGCAGAGCAGUACAAACUAAUUAUAUCGCAGAGAAGAGGAAGCUAGCUGACCAGUCUUUAUUGGCAGACACCCAAGAGCACAACUUCCUGCUCAUGGUACGCUGUUCUUUGUGGUUUGACAGUGACACACACACAGAGAGAGAGAGAGAGGUGACAUGGAUAAGAGGGUGUUUUUUUGACAGUUACUGACAAGAGUCACAUUUGCAGCAGACAGCAGCGUGAUGGAGCCACAAGAGAUCAGAGAGGGAUACUUAGUAAAAAAGGGUACAUUGCUAAACUCCUGGAGUGCAGUGUGGGUGGUGUUGUCAGAAGAUGGAGUGGACUUCUAUAAAAAGAAAACAGACCGUUCACCUAAAGGGAUGAUCCCAUUGAAGGGAGCAACACUGAGCAGCCCUUGUCAGGAUUUUGUCAAGAGGAUGCUGGUUUUCAAGAUAACCACUGAGAAGAAGCAAGAUCACUUUUUUCAAGCCUCAUACGUGGAGGAGAGAGAGCUUUGGGUCAAGGACAUCAAGAGAGCCAUUACCUGCAUCCAAGGGGGAAAAAAGUUUGCCAGAAAGUCUACCAGACGCUCCAUUCGCCUGCCUGAAACAGUCAACCUAGCUGCGCUGUACACAGAGAUGAAAAACCAGGAUGAAGGCGUGAAAGAGUUAAAACUGGAACAGGAGAAUCGAGUCUUCAACCACUGCUUCACCGGUGCAACGGUGAUAGACUGGCUGAUUUCAAAGGAAAAGGCGAGAAAUAGACCUGAGGCACUCAUGUUGGCAACAGGGCUCAUGAAUGAGGGUUUUCUCCAGCCUGCAGGUGACUUAUCAAAAGAGGGAGCAGAAAGCGGAGAGCAAGCAGCCUUCUUAGAUGAGACAAAAGCUCUCUAUUAUUUUGCAGACAGUGGCUUCUUUUGUGAAGGCUACUCCAGUGAUGAAGAUGUUCUUCUAAAGGAAGAAUUCAGAGGAAACAUCAUAAAACAGGGCUGUUUGGUUAAACAGGGACAUAGACGGAAGAACUGGAAGGUGCGAAAAUUCAUACUCAGAGAUGACCCUGCCUAUAUACAUUACUACGAUCCUGCAAAGGCUGAUGACCCUCUGGGCUCAAUCCACCUCCGUGGGGCGGUGGUCACAGCUGUGGACUAUGUGCCUGAUGCCAAAAAAAAAGAUAUUGAUGGCAACCUAUUUGAGAUCAUCACUGCAGACGAGACUCACUACUUCCUCCAAGCUGCUACAGACCAAGAAAGAAAGGAGUGGAUCAAAGCAAUACAGAUGGUGUCAAAAAGCGGAAAAUAACAAAUAGCAUGGAGCAGCAGGGGAAUAUGUAACAGCUGCAGCGGCAUAUCGGAUGCAAAAGUUUGGUAGUUCUGUAAUUAUAUUCUGUCACCCACGUUUUUGUAUAGUUUUUAAUUGUUUUAGAGUAACUUGAAAUAUAAAGUUCUCUACACACUAUCAAACUGCAAACAUCACUUCUGCUGUAACUAAAGACAGUCAAAUUUAAUAUAAAGUGUCAUAACCAAUGUUUACUCUAUGUUAGUGAACACGAAGCUAUGAUAGCAAAGUAAAAAUGAGCUGAGGAAUAAAUAGAAUGAAUUAUAAUUAGAUAACAUUGCAAAUAUCUAUUUAUUUUAAAUAUGCUAUUCUGUAAAACUACGAUACAGCUGAGUCUCACCAAAUGACAAAAGAUAAAGGCUAAGACAGUAUGAAAGAUAAA